AUGCGCAUUCCCGUAGACCCGAGCACCAGCCGCCGCUUCACACCUCCCUCCACGGCCUUCCCCUGCGGCGGCGGCGGCGGCGGCGGCGGCGGCAAGAUGGGCGAGAACAGCGGCGCGCUGGGCGCGCAGGCGGCCGUGGGGCCCGGCGGGCGCGCCCGGCCGGAGGUGCGCUCGAUGGUGGACGUGCUGGCGGACCACGCGGGCGAGCUCGUGCGCACCGACAGCCCCAACUUCCUCUGCUCCGUGCUGCCCUCGCACUGGCGCUGCAACAAGACGCUGCCCGUCGCCUUCAAGGUGGUGGCGCUGGGGGAUGUGCCCGACGGAACGGUGGUGACCGUGAUGGCCGGCAACGACGAGAACUACUCGGCUGAGCUGCGCAACGCCUCGGCCGUCAUGAAGAACCAGGUGGCCAGAUUCAACGACCUGCGCUUCGUGGGCCGCAGCGGGCGAGGCAAGAGCUUCACGCUGACCAUCACCGUGUUCACUAACCCCACCCAAGUGGCCACCUACCACCGAGCCAUCAAGGUCACCGUGGACGGACCCCGGGAGCCCAGACGGCACCGGCAGAAGCUGGAGGACCAGACCAAGGCGUUCCCCGACCGCUUCGGGGAGCUGGAACGGCUCCGCAUGCGGGUGGCGCCGAGCACGCCCAGCCCGCGCGGCUCCCUCAGCACCACGAGCCACUUCAGCAGCCAGGCCCAGACCCCCAUCCAAGGCACCUCGGACCUGAGCCCCUUCUCCGACCCCCGCCAGUUUGACCGCCCCUUCCCGGCGCUGCAGACGCUCACGGAGAGCCGCUUCCCCGACCCCCGGAUGCACUACCCGGGGGCCAUGUCGGCCGCCUUCCCCUACAGCGCCACGCCGUCCGGCACGGGCAUCAGCAGCCUGAGCGUGGCGGGCAUGCCGGCCACCAGCCGCUUCCACCACACCUACCUCCCGCCGCCCUACCCCGGCGCCCCGCAGAACCAGGCCGGGCCCUUCCAGGCCAACCCGUCCCCCUACCACUUGUACUACGGGGCCGCCUCCUCGGGCUCCUACCAGUUCUCCAUGGUGGCCGGCAGCGGGGGCGGCGACCGCUCGCCCAGCCGCAUGCUGGCCUCCUGCACCAGCAGCGCCGCCGUGGCCGCCGGCAACCUCAUGAACCCCAGCCUGGGCGGCCAGAGCGACGGCGUGGAGGCCGACGGCAGCCACAGCAACUCGCCCACGGCCCUCAGCACGCCGGGCCGCAUGGACGAGGCCGUGUGGCGGCCCUACUGA